UCCCCCUCCCCGUCCCAGAAGCCAGGAUUCUUUCUGGGUUCUGCAGUGGUGCCGGAGAGUCCCCACACCGAAAGGCAGGCUUCGCCAUGUCCUCAGUGUUCGGGAAACCCCGCUCGGGCAGCGGGCAGCAGAGCGCGCCCCUCGAGGUCAACUUGGCCAUUCUCGGGCGCCGCGGCGCGGGCAAGUCCGCCCUGACCGUGAAGUUUCUGACCAGGAGAUUUAUCAGUGAAUACGACCCCAACUUGGAGGACACCUACAGUUCCGAGGAGACCGUGGACCACCAGCCUGUCCACCUGAGAGUCAUGGACACUGCAGACCUGGAUACCCCCAGGAACUGCGAGCGCUACCUGAACUGGGCCCACGCCUUCCUAGUGGUGUACAGCGUCGACAGCCGCCAGAGCUUCGAGGGCAGCAGCAGCUACCUGGAGCUGCUCGCUCUGCACGCAAAGGAGACGCAGCGUGGCUACCCUGCUCUGCUGCUGGGCAACAAGCUGGACAUGGCCCAGUACAGGCAGGUCACCCAGGCAGAGGGCGCGGCCUUGGCCGGCAGGUUCGGGUGCCUGUUUUUCGAGGUCUCUGCCUGCCUGGACUUCGAGCAUGUGCAGCACGUCUUCCACGAGGCGGUACGAGAGGCGAGGCGGGAGCUGGAGAAGAACUCCCUGGCCCGUCCCCUCUUCAUCUCCGAGGAGAGGGCCCUGCACCACCAGGCCCCGCUCACGGCCCGGCACGGGCUGGCCAGCUGCACCUUCAACACGCUUUCUACCGCCAGCCUGAAGGAGAUGCCCACUGUGGCCCAGGCCAAGCUGGUCACUGUGAAGUCAUCCCGGGCCCAGAGCAAGCGCAAGGCACCCACCCUGACCCUGCUGAAGGGCUUCAAGAUCUUCUGAGGGCCUGUGCUCAGGAUCCCAGGCUCGGCCUGGCGCGAGCACUAAGCAGUCUGAGGAGCAGGGGCUGGCUUCUCGCCACCGGCUUUCCUUCUGAGGGGAUGGCAGCUCUCGCCCCCUGGUGGACAGCUGACCCCUUCUCCAGCACCAGGCAGUGUCCCUGACACCCAGGUCACCGUACAGGCAGUAGGGACAGGCAGGAAUACUGCUCUUAUUCCCACCAGGCCUUGGUUUCCAUGGUAACCACUGCAUUCCCUCGCCCUGAAGAAAACAGCCGCCUUGACAUUGCAGAGACCUGGAGGCAGUCUGAAGUGGAAGGAUAAUGCAGUGUUCAUCAUGGCCCCAUCAUCCCUUGCUGUUCCAGCUACAACCAGGCAAGAUGUGGCCCCUAGUGGACAGCUGUAUGUGGACAGCUUCAGGAGGCCCUGCAUAAGGCCCCCCCACUUCAUUCCCCCUUCCCCAAGGUCCCAGCACCUCCUGGUGGACAGGAAGGGCAGGGUAGCUGCAGGUUUUGGAUGGCCAAAUCCUGGCCCUCCCCUUGUCUUCUGACCUCAUAGAACCCCCUGGCAACAAACCCCACAGUUUAUCCAAGUAAAAACUAGUUGAAAUAAUCCUACAGGACAGCCUGUAAGAAGCAAAGAUGUCCCAGGAAGGGUUAUUUCCAGUACUUUGCCUCUCAGCGAUGGUGAGGGAGGGGGCCGAGGGUAGGCCAGUGUGGCGAGCCUCCAGUGUGUUUUCACCAGGAGACAGGGUCCCCGUAUUUUCCCACCUUAAAUCACGGCCUCUGUCCACAGAUCUUCAGGACCAGCCUGCUCAAGUUUAAUGAUCAAAGCUGCAGAACAAAGUCAUUCUCUCCAGUGAUAAUCACCCAGGACUCCAGGGAGCCCACAGCUGGCUGUAUCAGACAUCCAGUUGGGCACUGGUAGGGCACUCUUUGUAGCCUGGUCUGGCAGGACCUGGUACCCUUGGCAAUGAGUCUGCUUGUUCAGAGCCCAUGUUUGUAAGAUAGAACCUAGAGCAUUUUCAGUUCCUAAAGCAAAUUUUUGUAUAAAUUAUUUGGGAUUGCCACCACAGUUCAUAUUGUAGCACUGUGGCUCAGACACAGGAUCAGGAUACUGCGGAUCCCACGAUUAACAAGAAAAGGAUCUGAGAGUCAGGGAGUUUCAUGGUUUUCUAACUCUGUUUACCACAGGGUCCCUGGCCCAAAGGAAGUCUUUCUUGGACCCUCAGUAGAUAUGCAGGUAAAGGAGAGGGCUGUGGGGUGGGGUGGAGGUAGUGAUUCUGAGCCCAGAAGCCUGCCUCUUCCCCUCUUAAGCUUGUAUUGAAAACAGUAGCUCUAUUACUGGCUUUUGCCACAUUCUGUAGCUAGAGAGGCCGAGGUCAGAGGGAGGGGUCCUGGCCUCAAGGCCACGUGAGGGGUCCUGGCCAGGCUUCCCAAACCACAGACCGGCUCUGGAUUUUGCGCUUUUGCUCCAAGCCGCUUGUGUGUGAACCACUGCCGUUUGAACAAACUGUGCGAUUCCAACUGCCCACAUCCAGAAAUAUUUUAUUAAAAAGGUUUUGUUUGUGUUUUCAUAA